AUGUCAAACUUUUUACAAAGAAUUUUAAGAAAGUCUAAAAUCGAAAUAAAGUCUACCGACUCGGAUUCAAAAGAUUUUGAAUCCAUAGAUUCAUUGGAUACAAGAAGCACAAGGACUUCAUCCAGGUACGCAAAGACAAACCAAGGUGAUAAAUUACUAAAGUUUAAAUCGCCCAAACCUAAAACUACGGAACCCAAAGUAAAAGAGUUUACUAGAGGUCCUCUUAGUUCAGGUUUUCCAGCUCCAAGGAUAUGA